AUGGCUGUGAAGGAGUUGAGGCCCUCUGGGCCAGAUGGCAUUCAACAGCCUAAUUCCAGCGGCAUCACAGUUAUCAUCAUUGGCUUGGGCUAUGCUGGAUCUGUUGCUGCUGUUGAAUGUCAUCGGAAGGGCCACAAGGUUAUUGUGUUUGAACAGGCCCCUGAGAUCAAGGCUUUGGGGGACGUGAUAGGCAUUACAGGCAAUGCUGCCGGCAUCAUAUCCAAAUGGGGCAACGGAAAGGUCCAUGCCCGACUGGAGCCAUUCCUGUGUGACUAUCAGCGGAUGAACCUCUACACGCACACAGGAGAGUAUUUGACAGGGCAUACCAUGCUUGGUUACUCCGCAGGAUCUGGCUACGCAGCGAACCGAGGCGACCUCCAGAUGAUCUUCUACGAGCACAUGAAAGAGCUCGGCAUUGACAUUCGACUCGGACAUCGCAUCACAGAUCUUUUCGAAGAUCAGAAUGAGGCUGGUGUUGUGGUCAAUGGUGAGAGAAUCGCCGCUGACUGUGUUUUGGCCUGCAAUGGCGUCCACAGUAACUCAAGAAGCUUCAUCAUUGGCCGGACCGACAAACCUUUCGCAACGGGCUACGCGGUGUUCCGCGCUUGGUUUGACGGCAAAGAAGCCAGGAAAGACCCCAAGCUGGCGUGGGCCUUCGAGGGCAAGCAUGACAAAAUGGAGACGUACAUUGGCCGUGAUGUGCACUGCAUCAUCGGUACAGGCCGGCACGCGCAAGACAUCGUGUGGACCUGCACUCAUAAAGACACUUGGAACAUCGAAGAAUCCUGGUCAUAUCCUGGCAAGAUAGCUGAUGUUCUGAAAGUGUUAGACGGUUGGGAUCAACGGAUCAUCGAUCUUGUCAAAUGGACCCCAGAGAGCCAGUUGGUCGACUACAAACUUGUGUGGAGAGAGCCGCUCCCGGGAUGGACCUCCAAGCACGGUAGGAUGAUUCUCCUCGGAGAUUCUGCGCACCCAUUUCUUCCAACGAGUGGUCAAGGAGCUGGUCAAGCGGUGGAGGAUGCUGGAACCAUCGCCAUCUGCCUCGAGCUGGCAGGAAAGGACAAUGUGCCCCUGGCACUGAAGACGUGUGAGAAGAUUCGGUACGCUCGAGCCACGCUUGCGCAGAAGAUCGGCAUCGAGACUCGCGACGCGUGGCAUAAGUUUGAUGUGGAAGAGUUCAAGAAGAACAAGCAAUCCAUCGAGAUGCCCCGACCCGACUGGCUGUUCGGCCACGACCCACAAGAAUAUGCGUAUGAAGAAUUCGAGACGGCAGCCAAUGCCGUUCUCACUAGGGGACCUUACACGCCUCGCAAUGUUCCGCCACCUGGAGAAACUCAUCGCACGGGCGAUUUCACGGGGAAGAAAAUCAAGGCGUGGUUGAAGUAUGAUAAGAGUCGUGAAGAAGACGUACCUUUCCGGGCGAAGCUAUGA